AUGAAGUCGGGAGUAUGUUUCAGACCGGACAGAUUUUCAGAACGGACCUACAAGCAGUCGGGAGUGCUGAUCAUUUCGCCCUGUGGAAACCAGUCUGUUGAACCAGCUGUUAGCCCUGUGGAAACCAGUCUGUUGAACCAGCUGUUAGCUCCGUUUAUACGAGUCAGAGAUGCCCAAAAGAAAACCGGCGCCCGGAAAAAGGCCGAGAGUCGAAAAGAGCGAGAGAAACAGUCGCGAGCCAACCGGGAUGUUAUCGAUGUGGCCAAACACCCUUGCAACUUUACCAUGGACUGCGACAAAUGUCAGAGAAAACAGAAGAACAGAGCUUUCUGCUACUUCUGUAAUUCAGUGCAGAAGCUGCCUCUGUGCGCUCAGUGUGGCAAAACCAAGUGCAUGAAGUCUUCCGAUUGUGUCGUCAAACAUCCUGGGAUCCACACCACUGGAAUGGCCAUGGUGGGGGCAGUAUGUGACUUCUGUGAAGCUUGGGUGUGCCACGGCAGGAAAUGUCUGAGCACUCACUCCUGUGUGUGUCCUCUGACUGAUGCAGACUGCAUCGAGUGUGAACGUGCUGUCUGGGAUCAUGGAGGGCGAAUCUUCCGCUGUUCCUUCUGUGACAACUUCUUGUGUGAGGAUGAUCAGUUUGAGCAUCAGGCGAGCUGCCAAGUCCUCCAGGCAGAAACAUACAAAUGUGUUUCCUGUAACCGACUGGGACAACACUCCUGCCUGCGCUGCAAGGCCUGUUACUGUGAUGACCACGCCAAGAGUAAGGUCUUCAAACAGGAAAAAGGCAAAGCCCCACCCUGCCCUAAGUGUGGUCAUGAGACCCAGGAGACCAAAGACCUCAGCAUGUCCACUCGCACUCUGAAGUUCGGCCGGCAGGCCGGUGCUGAAGAUGACGACGAUUACGGAGCGUCAGGGUACGACUCCUACUGGAAGAACCUAGCAACCGGAGGAGACAAACCUGACAACUACGGAGACGGUGAUGACGAUGAGGAAGACGACUAUGACGAGGACGAGGAUGAGGACGAUGACGAUGACGAUGAAGAAGAGGAAGAAGAAGGUGUAGAGGAAAAGGCCGCCGAUGCCGUGGCUGGUCUUAAACUGGAAGAGGCUGCCUGAGCUGAGGCAAAGACUGGAGAGCACAGUCCCAUAGAUCCAAAUGAUUCACCGCGGAUAUGUUCACUUGUUACAAUGCAGCAAUGAAUCGGGACGUCAAGAAUACAGUUGGUAUAACUAAAGCUGGGUGUCGAUACUAGUACACACACACACACACACACACACACACACACACACACACACACACACACACACACACACACACACACACACACGAUGAGUUUAUCUACAAAACCCACACAAGCAGCCACACAGUCAGUAAUGUUUUUAAGUAUUCAGUGUCCGUGCCCAUCUACAAGAGCAUUUCAGGUUAAAAAUAAUUACAGGGUUGGGUGUAAUAUUCCGAGAAAAAACUCAAAUUUCCUAGAUUAAAGUCGUACAUUUGCAAAACAAGACAAAACUCUGAAAUGAAAAGGGGAAUUUGCACAGUGUGCUUUUCUUCUUCUGAUUCAUGCUUAAGAUAAAAUGAUGAUUCUGGCUUUAAAUCACAAGUAUUAUUGUUUAAUCCGAGCAAGCUGUGACUUCUGUGGUGUGAUGAGGUCGAUCCAAGCUUGCAAAGUAAAACAAUGUGGUUCCCUUAUAAAACAAACACACAAUUUAUGAUAAUCUCAGAUUAUUCAAAAUUCUUUCUCCUGGAAAUUCAGAGUUUUUUCUCACAAUAUUUCCCCCCUCCCCCGGCUCUGUAUUUACUAAAUUUUUACCUCCAACGGCCCUUACCUAUAACAUGCUGUCAUACUUAUCUUAGAGACAACUUGUCUUCUGCUUUGUUGUUACAUCCAGGGCUAUAUUAAUGCACUAUGAGGCCACGGUGCUGAAACGGUAAAUCCCCAUAUCAAAGUUUUCUUUGAAAGAUUUCCACAAUCUUCCUCAACAUAGAAACACAAGAGUGUCAUGGAUAAUGCUAUACAUGUGUGUUAUGAUCAUCAGUUAUAAUUAUAUCAACUUUGUUUCAGCGGUAUUGUGUUUUUUUCUCUGUCAGAUUGGAGAGGCAGACGGCUCUGAAUACUACAAUACCCAUGAGCCUCAGUUGCAUCGCUUAAGUUGCAGGAACAAAAAUAGUGCUAUAGUUGCCAAAUUUAUCCAAACUUGACCAAAAUGUGAAUUAAUCUAAACUGUUUGGCUAUCUUUAUUUUGUUUGUUUGCUAGCUUGUUGUUAGCGGCACGUAAGAGAAUUUCAGGCUCAGUGAUUCGAUGAUUCCUACACGCGCUUAGUGAACUUCUACCUGUGUUAUUUGAUGUCUACGGGUUUGUUUCUGUAAUACUUUCUGAGCUAGUCAGUCAUCUUUUGUACUGAUUAUGCAACUUAUUGAACUUUGGUUGCCUGAAAUAACCCCUCCCACUUCGCAACUCAAUAAUGCACAAUAAUCCUAAACUUUGAAUUCAUAUUUUUUAUUUUUGGUGUGGUAUAUUCCCCAACACAUAGGCAGUUACACACAACACAUCCAUGUGUGUGGUUGGUAAUCCAUUCCUGUUACAGCCUGAAGUAUAACACGUUAUAUUCAUGAUGUCUUUACUGUGUAAUAAGUGUUGAUCUGAUGAGGAAUUAAUCUGCAUCAUAUUGUGGUCAUUGGAUUGGGUUUCCUUUGCUUCAAUACAACACAAAGGCUGUCCAAACAAUUUAACAUAUUUGCCCUGAUUCUUGUAAUUUGUGGAGACGUGUUUGUGUUAAAUAUGCCAAUAAAUAAUCAUUUAAACAAAGA